UAAAAAUGUUGGAGAUCAGUUUUUCACCAGAAGAACUAAUCGCAAGUUUGGCACCAAAUGUUCCAAUUACAUACGCAACCGAAUCUUCGGAUGUUAAAGAACCAAUCAGAUCAACACAGCGGCACGCUGAGAUUAACCUGAGUUCAGUAUUCAAUUUUUCAUUGGACAAUGAAAACGAGACUGGCUAUCCUGAGUUUUGGAUGAGGCAUUCGCCAGAAAUAGCAACUGUGUUGUGUUUCGUGUACUCGAUUGUGUUCCUGCUCGGAAUUCUAGGAAACAGUUUCGUAGUGACUGUGGUGCUUCGAUCACCAAGAAUGCGAACAGUAACGAAUUUUUUCAUCGUGAAUUUAGCUCUUGCGGAUAUUCUCGUGUUGAUUUUCUGCUUGCCCGCCACAUUGCUGGGAAAUAUUUUUGUUCCAUGGAUGCUUGGUUGGUUCAUGUGCAAAAGUGUUUCCUACCUUCAAGGAGUAUCAGUCAGUGCUUCAAUCAACACACUUGUUGCCAUUUCUAUGGACAGAUUUCUGGCAAUCUGUUAUCCUCUGAGAUGUCAGAUGACAACCAGCAAUGCUCGUCGGAUCAUCAUCAUCAUAUGGGUGUUUUCAUUCUUCAUAACUCUCCCAUGGGCGUUAUACUUUCGUCUGGAGCCCAUGGACCCUUCCCUUCCAGAAGUGAACAUCUGCCGCGAGGUUUGGCCAGAGGAACAUUCCGAAACUCUCUACUUUCUCAUUGCUAAUCUCGGCCUGUGCUACAUCUUGCCUCUUUUUGUCAUAUCCUUCUGUUACGUAGCAAUUUGGAUCAAAGUGUGCCGCAGAAGUAUCCCGGGAGAGACCAAAGGCACAAAUGCGGAUCUAGUGAUGCAGAGAUCGAAAUUGAAAGUUGUGAAGAUGAUGGUAGUUGUAGUAGUACUCUUCGUUCUCUCCUGGCUGCCACUUUAUAUUAUAUUCACUAUGGUCAAGCUUGGAGGACCAGUCGAGGAAAACAGCACAAAGGAACAGAUACUUAUGGUUAUGGUUCCCAUUGCGCAAUGGCUGGGGGCUUCCAACAGUUGUAUCAAUCCUGUUCUUUACACAUUCUUUAACAAGAAGUUCAGAAGAGGAUUUUUGGCAAUUAUCAAGAGUCGAUCCUGCUGUGGUACUUUGCGGUACGAUACUGGUCCUAAAGGUACCAGGAGUACAGUACUGCGAAGCACUUUUAAGUCCCGUAAUGAUACUCAAUGCGACUACAUGCCAACAGCUCAAGUAUAAUGAAUUGUGAUUAAUCAUUUGAUGAAUAUUUAUUUAACGAAAUUGUAAUCUGGUAUAACUGUUCGUGUAUCUACAUACUUGUAAUGUGUAUUUUGAGAGAAAUCUAAGUGUUUUUAAAACAUUGCUCACAGUAUCAAUUUUAAUGUACAAGAUUUUACGCAUAACUAAAUGUUUAUUUUUAUGUAUUAUUAAACAUUGCACUAGUUUAUUUGUUUGAUGAAUAUUUUAAAUGUAACACGAAUAAAGUUGUAAUGCAUGGUUACC